CAUGCGGCUUAUGUAGAUCAUGUAAAUUAAAUGGGGAAAAGGAUUAAAAUAAUUAAAGCAAUUAAGUAAUAAAUUAUCUGAUUAUGAAUCCGUUUUAAUAAUUCAAACACGUGAUUUUUUUUUAAUUUUAUUGCAUAAAAAAUAAUUCCUGAUCGAUUCGUCAACAAAUCACGUGUGAAACGUUCGAUAUCACAACCGCAUUAACAAUCUCUGAUCCCUUUAAUAAGGUCUAUUGGAUUCUCUCUGAGGUCAGACGAAAGAAGGCUUUAAUAGGAAAAAAUGGCCAUCGCAGCUUCAGAAAAUUAUCAACUGAAGUGGCACAGCUAUGGAGCUCAUCUCCAUAGUUCAGUAGCAACUUUGCUACACUCAGAGUCCUUUGCUGAUGUUCUACUAGCUACGUCUUGUGGACGUCAUGUUGCCGCUCAUCGCUUCGUACUUGCCGCCUGUUCAUCUUAUCUCAGUCAUAUCUUUCAGACUUGUCAUUUUGGUGCAAAUACCAAUUCUCCAAUCAUCGUAGUCUUACCAAUAGAGAUCGGUUAUCGUACAUUGAAAAUAUUAAUUCAAUAUAUGUACAGUGGCGAGGCAACAGUCACUAAUGAUCAACUGGAAGGUGUAUUAAAGGCUGGUGAUAUACUGAGAGUUCGUGGUUUAUGGAGAUCAAAUACAUCAAGUAAAAAAGAGAAUAUUCAAUCAAAUAAUCAGAAAGUUGAUCGUGAUAAAAGAGAACAGCAACCAGUACCAGGACAAAUACAGAAGAUUAAAUUGGUUCAACCGAGUACUGAAAAAGUUAUUCAAGAAGCAACAACAACACCUCAACCAGUUCCUGUGCCACCUACUGCUCAGCCAAUUAUAACAGCAACAACAACAGCAACAACUACCAUGGCAAGUACUACAAUACCAUCCCCAGUGCCACCAGUCCCGACACUACCAGAGAAAACUAAUGACAAACCUGAUGAGAUAUUGAUCAAUGCUGAUCCAAAAAAAAUAACAGAAGAAGCAAAAAAUAAUGAACAAAUUAAAAAUAAAGAGAAUGUAGAAAAUGUAAAGAAAAAAAGAUCAAAAGACAACGAAACAGAUUCAAAUAAAUCUAGAAGUGAAGUUGGUGAUGGUGAAUUAAAUCUGGGUCUUCUAGUAAAAGAUGAACCAAUUGAUUGGGAAGAAUCUAUGGAUCCUACUGAAUCACUUACGAUAGAUCAUGAUAUUGAUAUUAAACCAGAAAUCGUGCAUAGUGCUGAUGAAGAUGGAGAUCUAGAGGAAGAAGAGGAAGAAGAAGAAUAUACACCUUUAACUUGUGACAUGUGCAGUCAAACUUUUAAUCGUCCUUCAGACUGGGUAAGACACAUCGAAUUUACACAUGCAGAUAUGACGGAAAAUCGUCGAAAGAAACGUAAGGGUGACGAUGAUGAUAAUAAAGAUUUUCCACCAUUGAAGUGUGACCUCUGUGGUAACAUGUAUCCAACACCUCAAGAAUGGGUUCGUCAUAUUCAAACAGAGCACACAGAAGAACAACUAGCCUUAAUGAACAAUUCAGCACCACCAAAACCUAAACGAGUUCAUAAUCAUCAAAAACUAUGUAAUAUUUGUCAAAAAGUAUUUCCAAGUCAUGCAUCAAUGGUAAUACAUCAGCGAACGCACACAGGAGAAAGGCCAUUUCUCUGCUCUUACUGUAAAAAAGGCUUCAAUGUAAAGAGCAACUUGUUGAGGCAUCUUCGAACUCUUCACGAUAAAUUUGUUCAUCCGAGUCUUUAUGGUAGUAAUGGCAGUAAAAACGCCUAAAUAAAUUCUGUCUCUUUUUAAUUAGAUAAUAAGAAACAGAAAAUAAUAAUCAAGAAAAGCUCAAUUGCGUGGCAGUGAUUGCGUUGAUAUGACAUGUAUAUUUAUUAUUAUAUUAUUGAGAAAGUUAUUAACAGGUCAGAUUCAACGGAUUAACUGGAGGUAUUAAAGUCUUUCUUCACUAUAUUUUUACUCCCCAAUUUUAAUAAGUCUAAACAAUAAUGAAAUAUAAUCAAAGUCAUUUUACAUUUUAAAUCAAUUAAUUUUAUUUUUUGCUUCUUAGUAAAUAUUAUUUAGUGGAACUCAAUAAAGUAAAAGACCUAGUACUCGAUCACUUCAUGUAUUUGUAUGGAUAUAUUUAGUAAAUAUAGAUGUAUAAAUACAUGAGUGAUCGGGUACUGAGUCUCUUACCUUAUAUAUUAACACAAAAAUAAUAAUUUCCUUUUUUUUUUU